AUGUUUUCCUCUCUGUUCCGGCCGAAGCGGAGGCAGAGGCGGGGCAUCUUGUCACCGCCUAGGUCUGUUGGACAGGCUGAAAGAGAUAUUCGCGAUUCGACGGCUGAUGUCCAUUCUGAGGCUGAUGCCCUCUUUGAAGAAGAUAAUAUCGAUGAAUAUGAGGUCAACGAAGAGGAGUACGAAGACGUUCCUGAUGGCGAAUACCAAGCUCCCCUGCUGCCUAUGUUUUCCGCUCCUCACCUUGCAUCCCGUUGUGAGACGACGUUGACAUGGGAUCAACUUCGAUCUCCUCAGGUGUCGCAGUUUCUGCUGAAACCUAUACAGCAGAUCAUCCAUUCCAACCAUCUCUCAAAAGCCACUCUUUAUGCCCUGAUGGUCAACUGUCUCCAGUUUGAUAAGGAAGCCACUUCUAACCCUGGAAUAAGUGGCGCUAGUCGGACAAGGGCGAUGGUUUGCGAACUGCUAGCCAUCAAGUUGCUCAAGGAAUACACAAUGCGAAGCCUGAUAGAUGCAUUAUCAUACGAUUUUCAUCCCCUUCAAGGGCAGGCUUCUAAACCGUCUACUGGGACUUCAAACGGUCGAGCAUGGGAUAGUAGCCAGGCAUCUCGCAACCUACUAAAGGAUGUCCGAAUUUCGUGCUUAGAAAUCGCUAUUAGAGCUCAGGCGAAACGAUUCUUAGCUCACCCACUCGUGGUCCAGCAACUGGAGGCGCUCUGGGCCGGUACUAUUGUCUUCUACUCCGCAGCAGAUAGCUUACAUCGGCAGCCUACUCGGGAUGCCCCUUCCCAUCAGCAGGGGCCUGGUGCAAAAGAUAUAUCCUGUGCACCAAACAAACCUGUGUCCCGCCGUUCCGUGUCCCUCUAUGACCCACGAGAUGCGUCUCUAUUCAAGUUAUCUAGAUUACGGGUUCCCAGGUACCGCCAAUUGUUAUCUACGCUCUCCUAUGCAAUUUUACUGUGCCUCUUCCUCAUCUUGCUUCAAAAGAGACCACUAGACCUCACUGGCUUGGAAAUGGUGUUCUGGUUCUGGAGUGCUGGGUUCAUGCUAGAUGAGAUUGUUGGCUUCAAUGAGCAGGGGUUUAGUCUUUAUUUAAUGAGCUUCUGGAAUAUGUUCGAUGUCGGAAUAUUGCUCCUACUUCUUGUUUACUAUGUCUUGCGUCUCUACGGGGCAGUUAUGCCCCAGAAACAAAAGGCUUAUGCUGCAGGACUUGCGUAUGAUACCCUAGCCGCGAAUGCGGUGCUUCUAUUUCCGCGACUUUUCUCGGUACUUGACCAUUACCGAUACUUCUCUCAACUGUUAAUCGCAUUUCGAAUGAUGGCGGCCGACCUGAUAGCGGUGCUCAUUCUUAUAAUUAUAGCGUGUAGCGGGUUCUUCGUCGCCUUUACAUUUUCUUUCGGUGACACGAAUGCCUCCCCCAGCUCGGUUGCCUACGCUUUAUUUCAAAUGGUUAUGGGUUUUACCCCGGCGGCGUGGACCCUUUGGGAUAGGUAUAACCUUCUUGGGAAGAUUAUAUUAACUCUCUUUCUGUUUAUAUGCCAUUUCCUCGUCGUCACGAUCCUAAUUACUGUUCUCACAAACUCCUUCAUGGCCAUUGUCCAGAAUGCACACGAAGAGCACCAGUUUUUAUUCGCAGUGAAUACCAUUUCCAUGGUGAAAUCGGAUGCUCUCUUUUCAUAUGUGGCACCGACUAACGUACUGGCUUGGGCGAUUACUCCGUUGAGAUUCGCUAUGCCGUUCCGGAGUUUUCUGAAGCUGAACCGCACAGUGAUAAAGAUAACGCACUUCCCAAUCCUGUUUAGCAUAUAUCUGUACGAGCGUACGAUACUGAGGUCUGCCGCCUUUGAACCUACGGACCUGGUUAGGGGCCGAUUCAAUCCUUUCAGGCCUGUUACGGAUCGAGAACAUUCCUUUGAACCGUUCACGCCGCGAAAUAUGUUCCGUGUACGGGAACCAUCAGUUGCUACUCAUCAAAAGGAUAGGGCUCUAGAUCAAGUCUUCCACCUCUCCCAUGAAGGCUCUACGUACCAAGGAAAUCGACAGAGUAGGGCACGUCAACGCCUAGCAACUACAAACGUAAGUAAUUGGAUGCGGAAUAUUGGUGAUGGGAGCUCUAGGGCGCCACCUGAGGAUCAAGAUCGAAAGGUUGUCGAAGACCUAGAGGCGAGACGAGUCUGGGUCAGUAGGUCACAACGGCGACGGAGAAACAGAAGGUUGAGUGGGCGUGAUUUCACAGAAACAACUCGAUCCUUCGCCUCAGAUCCAGAAGACUUUAUGAGUGUUGCAUUUGACACAACGGAGGUAUCCAGGGCUCCGAAAACGCACUUUUACCCUCCGAAGGUCAUAAAUCCGCCAGCACAAACAGAUGCCGAGGUGCAGGGGGAUGACGAGUUGAGCAGUGAUGAAAAUGGUGGAGGUGAUUCCAGCCGAGACGAGAUUUUACCAGAUCACAAAAAUACCCAGGAGACUAUCUUUCCUACGGAUAACAUGCUUGAAAGUUCGAUAGAGUCGCCGCCGAUACUUUCAAGGCCGUCGACAGCCCGACGAUUUUCACGAAGGAACAGUCCCUCACGCACCCCAAGAACGCCACGCCGGCAUCAUUCGAGAAAUCCUUCCGCCGCGACUAUACUCUAUAACCCAGUUCCUCCAGUGACUACUAAGAGCACAGCUGUUGCCAAACCUCCAUCAUCACCCAGAUAUGCCAAAGCAAAAAGUGGAACAGCAACUCCGAACCGGCGUCGACCACCAAGCAACCUGAAGACCGCCCAAGUACUUACCACGCGACCACGGCCGAUUCCUCAGCCUACAGCAGCGGCGUUUUCGGUUCCUGAUAAUGGCAUACAAUGGUCACUGAAUAACCUACCGAGCCAACGACGUCGUCCUUUAUCACUCACUCUAGGCCUAGGUUCUGAUAUAGGCGAUAAUGAAGCUCUUGGUGGGGGUUUUGUAGGUGGAGUUCCCGGAAGCUUCACCACGCAAAUGGCAUACGCUAUGGGGGGCAUGCAGCAGGAUCGAGGAAAUGACAAUAGAGACAUGCUUAACCGGUUGGUUCUCGCGCGGAUGAAGACUCUGGAGGAGAGCUUCAGGGAUGUCUUAAACGAAGUGAAGGAUCUCCGCCACGCACCUGGGAGAAAAGAAAGGACACGUCCAGUUCCCUCUCGCAGACCAGCAACCACUACCAGCAGUCCGAAACAUGGUGUAGACAUGCCGAGCAGGGAAGAAACUCGUAGGAGCAGCGACAAGCGGCUGCAGCCGUCAUUUGGGCCAAAAAAUGAGCCCCUUGGUGAGGAGGACUCCUCACCGGAGUUUAGGCCGAGCUCAGUGUGA